AUGGAAAAGGUGGAGAAGCGGGAAGGAGCAUGCAUCAACGAGGUGGCCACCAGCCCGGGCCAGCGGGGCCCCGAGAUGUCCCAGCACAGGAAGCAAGAGGUAUACAGCACGAUGUACAUUACAGUUUCCUUCAUGGUGGUGGCUGCCUACAAUCUCUGCCAAAACUCAACACAGGAAGGAGACCCUCCAACACUAAUAGGUAGAGCAAAUGAAUCUGAAAAAUUAUAUGGGGUCCAGUUCCACCCUGAAGUUGGCCUUACAGAAAAUGGGAAAGUAAUACUGAAGAAUUUCCUCUUCGACAUAUCUGGGUGCAGUGGGACCUUCACUGUGCAGAACAGAGAACUUGAGUGCAUUCAAGAGAUCAAAGAGAGAGUUGGCACAUCAAAAGUUUUGGUUUUGCUCAGUGGUGGGGUAGAUUCAACAGUUUGUACAGCUUUGUUGAAUCGUGCUUUGAACCAAGAUCAAGUCAUUGCUGUGCACAUUGAUAAUGGCUUUAUGAGAAAAUGAGAAUGUCAGUCUGUUGAAGAGGCCCUCAAAAAGCUUGGAAUUCAAGUCAAAGUGAUAAAUGCCGCUCAUUCUUUCUACAAUGGAACAACAACUCUACCAAUAUCAGAUGAAGACAGAACUCCAUGAAAGAGAAUUAGCAAAACCUUAAAUAUGACUACGAGUCCUGAGGAGAAAAGAAAAAUCAUUGGGGAUACUUUUGUUAAGAUUGCCAAUGAAGUAACUGGAGAAAUGAACCUGAAACCAGAGGAGGUUUUCCUUGCCCAAGGUACUUUAUGGCCUGAUCUAGUUGAAAGUGCAUCCCUUGUUGCAAGUGGCAAAGCUGAACUCAUCAAAACCCAUCAUAACGACACAGAGCUUAUCAGAAAGUUGAGAGAGGAGGGAAAAGUCAUAGAACCUCUGAAAGAUUUUCAUCAAGAUGAAGUAAGGAUCUUAGGCAGAGAAUUUGGACUUCCAGAUGAGUUAGUUUCCAGGCAUCCAUUCCCAGGUCCAAGCCUGGCAGUCAGAGUAGUAUGUGCUGAGGAACCUUAUAUUUGUAAGGAUUUUCCUGAAACCAACAAUAUUUUGAAAAUAGUAGCUGAUUUUUCUGCAAGCGUUAAAAAGCCACAUACACUAUUACAGAGAGUCAAAGCCUGCACAACAGAAGAGGAUCAGGAGAAGCUGAUGCACAUUACAAGUCUGCAUUCACCGAAUGCCUUCCUGCUACCAAUUAAAACUGUGCAAGAGCCACGAGACACAAUUCCCCAAGCAUGCCGCCCUCCCUCGCGUUGCCGUACCUUUGUGGCUUUGCACAAGCUCAGUGACCUCCAGCCCACAGGCACGCUCUCCCCGGACUCGCACUCACCUUGCACGAUUGUCUACUACUGCUGUUGCUGCAGUGAUGGGGCCAACGAACUUGGGGCCAGUUGCCUGGUUCAAGCUGAGCAGGUUAAGACCGGAAGGGAUCCCCGACCCUUCAACUAG